CUGUCAAAUUAUGUCUUUUGAAUCCAAACAUCAUCUAAAUAGAACACUCUCUCCACAUCAAGAACUCCCACAAAUUCUCUGUCUUCCAAAAUGUCCUUAAACCACUUCUCUUCAGACUGCCAUCUCCACCACCCCAAAUCCUCCGCCUCCGCCGUCGACCACCACCUCAUCCACCACCACCACAAGCACCCCAUGUUCGAAAAGCCCUUGACUCCCAGCGACGUUGGCAAGCUCAACCGCCUCGUCAUCCCCAAGCAAUAUGCUGAAAAAUAUUUCCCACUUUCCCCCGGCGGCGACACGGCGGACAAGGGCUUGCUUCUUAGCUUCGAAGAUGAGUCCGGUAAGAUGUGGCGCUUCCGUUACUCGUAUUGGAAUAGUAGCCAGAGCUAUGUGCUCACUAAAGGGUGGACCCGCUUUGUCAAAGAGAAGCGCCUUGACGCCGGUGAUGUCGUCGUCUUUGAACGCCACCGCCGUGAUGGGGAUAGGUUGUUCAUUGGGUGGAAGCGGCGCUCGCCAGUGUCCACGGCGGAGACGGCGGCGGCGACUAGAAUCUUCUGUUCUUCAAACCCAUAUCCUUCUCAUCAUCAUCAUCAUAAUCAUAAUCAUCUUCCUUCACCGCCAUACCAAUCUUAUGAUUGUCCUCAUGCAGAGUCCUCUGUUCAGAGUCAAACAGUGUCGGUUGGGAAUUCAAAGAUACUGCGUCUGUUCGGGGUGGACUUGGAGUGCCAAACCGACGUGUCGGAACCCGAACAGCCCUCGACGCUCGGUGGCGGAUCGGGUCUAUCGGGUCAAGAUCCAACCCGUCACAGCUUCUACACACACUGACACUACGCUCCUUCUCUUCCUCAUCACAUGAAUUCCACUUUCCCACAAGAUGUGAAGCAGGCGAAAUAUGAAGGAUAGAGAUGUGUGGAUGUGACGUCCCUGUAAUGCAAAACACACUUUUUCCCACUACACUUGAGAAGAGUCAUCCCCACUAAAUAAAAUAUGGGAAAAUAGAAAUAAAUCCCAGGUUUUCUGGCCGACUUUCCAAGGACAGGGGUGGGAUGGGGUGGGGGGGAUGAGGGGAGAGGAAAAGUGGGGUCCAGGAACAAGAAAGCUACCUAGGGCUUACGUCAUACAUGUAAAUUGGAAACUAGGGUCGUUGAAGGCCAGGAAUGAAAAAUCUAUUUGACACAAGAUUUUUUUAGAGAGACUCAAAAUAUGAGCGGAGGAAAAGGGGGG